CAAUCACUCCGAAUAAUUUUCUUUCGCUAAACUUAACUAAACCAAAAUAUAUACCCAUAUAUCAUAUAUAAUAUCACAAGAAUGGAUUGCGAUAAUCCCAGUUUGGAGGAGCAGCGCAAGCGAGUGGAUAGUGCGAUCGUGACCGCCAUGGAGGAUCUGGAUCGGGAGUAUCUGCGGAAGCUGCAGAUCGAGAUGCACGCCUGUGCGACCGCCUGCUGUGCGGAUGCGGAUGCGAAUGCGGAGGCGGUGGAGCGGUGCGUGGACCGCUGCCAGAUCCGCUUGACCCGCGCCCGCUGCUUCGUGCAGCAGGGCAUCUCGGACUUCGAGAAUCGCCUGGAGAAGUGCCUCCAGCAGUGCCGCCUCCAUGGAUCCUACGACCACCUGGAACGCUGCUCCAGCAACUGCGUGGAUAGUCACGUGGGCCUGCUGCCCGAAAUGCUCAGGGCCAUGCGCGACACCCUGGAAAAGGGCGUUUAGAAGGGUUAUAUUGGGUACCUUCGAGUUUUCCAUGAAACCAUCAACAAUUGCUAUCAAAAAAUAAAAAUUCCUUAUUUUACUUUAAAAUAUUAUACUUAAAUAUUGUAGGUUACAUAAAUAAAAUUUCGCCUUACGAACUA